AUGACUACACUCCUUAGUAAUAAUCCCUCACUUUCACGUUCACCAUCUACAUCGUCGCCGUUGAGCGCACUCGUCCGCUCACGGUCGAAACGCGCGAGCUGGGCGCAUUCAAGCAGAACAUCUGCCGUCAGCUCAUCUCCUUCGGACUAUCUAGGCAUCACCAGCUCUCAGCAGGGCACACCCUCUGGAAGUCCCGAGCUGAGAGAUCUUCUGCGUCGACGGAGUAACCGCACAAACGUGGUAAAUGCCGAAGAUGCAUCUCUUGAUAACGAGACAAAUGUCUAUAUUCCACGACGACGCUCGCUAACAGAGACACUUUGGCGACCGCGGGUGACUCUGGUGGAGAGACCGCUAGAGUCGCCCAUCACAGAAGAGGCAAUGACGAGCAGAUCGACGCUGACAAUGACACACCAACCAAAGAUAAUGAACGACGACGGCCUCUCUCUCAAAGAGACGCUGACACGGCGGAAUUCGCUCGAGGCGGAGAUAAACGUCGAGCCCGAGGACCAAGAAGCACUAGCAAAAGCACUAGAACUUCUGGCCCUCUACCCACCGCCGUCUAGACUCCCUCGGCAGAGUCGCUAUCCGACGCUGCGCACGUCAACAAUUUCAACUCUUGCGCUCCCCGAGCCGACGACGCGUGCGCUCUAUGCCCUCGUCACCAAUGCAUUUACGCCCGCGCAGCUCCCGGCCGCACGCUCCAUUCAACGGUUCAUCCAAGACAACCCCGACACACCUCUUCCUCUUUUUCUCAUCACAAAGGAGAUUGCAGAAAUCUAUGGAGAAUAUGGCUGGUGUCUUAUUGGAAAGUGCGGCCUCGAACGCAUCUCGUAUAAGAUUGCUCGUUUGACGUCUACCUAUCACGUUACGGACGAGGAAUUGGAGAGAGAUCAAUCACGCAAGAGGAUUGAUGUUCUCUGUGGUCACAUUCGAGACCGACAUUUUGAACAGAUGCCGUUCAAAUGCUCCCAAUGCCCAGCAUCAUAUAUCAACCAAGGCGAACUCGACCGCCACUCGCAGACUCAUCCAGUCGGCGAGUUUGCGUGUCCGGUUUGUGAAGAUACCUUUGUCGAUGAGGCAGUACUACAGCAGCAUCAGCUUGCAAAGCAUGCGAAGAAGACUAUCACAUCCAAAUUACGUCGUCUUCUCCAAUACUUGUUCACUCUUCCGCUCCUCGUCUACGUCGUCGGGAACCAGGAGGUCUUGGUCUUUGAGGCGGCUCUGUCGAGUGCCCUCUAA